AUGCACAAAUAUCUUGCUUUUUUAACUCUGUCAGCGACGUUCACGUCGGCUAUCAGCAAUCCAGAUGCAUCCAUCUUCGCACUAGAUUCAAGCGCCAAUGCAGGAGGCUCAGAGAUUCCGUUUCUAUCAAAUGACACCGCCCAACGACUCCUGAAUUAUCGAAUGGGGUCCUCGACCACAACGGACCUCAUGACAGUUGAUCGAGAUGUUGUUGAGAUUUUGGAUAGAUAUGGAGGAAUGCAGCCAUCGUUGUUCGGCAUUUCAAGUGACGACCAAGACUUGAGAUCCAGUUUGAUCAUUUUGCGUGGGCUAGACCCUGUCAUUGAAUCUUCCAUUCAAAAGGAGUACAAGCAAGGCCUAGUCCAUUGUGACUCUCGAGCUACGUUUUUGCAUAAAAGUCCCCACAGCUGGAACAUCGAUGGCGAAUCGGGAGAUGAUGCUGGAACAGCCGAUGGUCAUUGCCUGAAGUACCUUGACAGCGAGCAAAGGAAACGGGAGAAUGUUCAGACACUCUUAUCUUGCCUACCUGACGCAUCGGCUUUCAAGCCAGUGGCGCACGCACUUGGUCAGCAAUUACCUGAGUACGUCAAUAUCAUGGAAUCAUGGGUUAGCGAUCAAGAGCCCUUGAUCUUGAGGUUAUCAUUCAAGUCUUUCUCCGGAUCAGUACAUGACACAGUACUGCUUAGCUUGCUGAAAUCUCUUAUGAGUGAUCUUCAUUCGCUGUCUUUGAAUGGUACAGCAGUGACUGUUAUAUUCAUGCCGGACUCCCAAGAUUCCCGAAUGCCGCAAAGCUUGAGCCGUCGUGGUAACCAUGAAGCCAAAACCUUACGAGUGGACAUGGCAUCUCCGUCAUUAUUGAGAAGGCAGUCGCCCGGUUCAACGUCUCCGAAUCCAACCUGCCAUGCCACCAAUUCAUCUUGUAACGAAGCAACCAGCGGUUGUUCAGGACAUGGGUCUUGUUACAGGAAAUCGGAGUCAAAGAGCGGACUUACCAACAAUGACUGUUUUGUAUGCAAAUGCCAAGCAACAACCAUCAGAAAAGACGAUGGUACGACCCAGAUUAUCCGAUGGGGCGGCGCCGCUUGUGAAAAGCAAGAUAUCAGCUCUCCCUUCUUCCUUUUAGCAACGGCUAGCAUCAUGGUAAUAGUAGCGCUGGGCGGUGCUAUUGGAAUGUUGUUCAGGGUUGGGCAAGAUGACCUGCCGGGCGUCAUCAGCGCUGGGGUUGGGCCCACGAAAGCACAGGGAUAA